UGAGGUGGCCACAGAGGGGACCGGGGUGGGAGGGCUGGCUGCGGGUAGCCCCAGUCCCCACCAGUGCCAGCGUGCGGGUAAGGUCCCUCGGCAGCAGCGUGACACACGGCUGCAUGACACACGGCAUCCCGUGCCCGGGUAGCGGCAGCCAGGAUUUCACAAACCCGAUACGAGCGUCCCUGGCGACAGGGGUGGAAAACUGUGUCACCGAGCAGGGAAAAGUCCCUCGCCCGUGUCUGUGCCUGCGGGGUGCCAGCAUGGGUGUUGGUGUGGGAUCCCAUCAGUGUCCGACCCGCCGGGGUGUGCGCCUGGCCCGGCGUUGCGGGGUGUUUCCCCGGCCGAGGCUUGGCUGUCAGAGCGGGGUCGGUGCCAGAGCCAGGAUUUUAGGGCCUGGCGAUGCGCGGGGUCCCCACAGGCACCAGGGGCUUGGGUGCUGCUGGCACAGGGGGAAGGCGAGGUUUUGCUCGGGCUCCAGCUGCAGAGCCGGAACACUUAUUGCAAAGCUCCCAAAUAUUUCCCCAGAGCGAGGGCUCCCCAUCCCAGCAGGAGGAUUUUUGGGGGGGGGAUGGGGACAGUGCUUGGGCAGCAGGCAAGCUUGGUCUGGAGGAAAGGCCACGUUCCCUGAUGAGCGAAAAACAUGGCUGGGUGAAACCAAAUAACACCAAAACCCCCAAAACUUGUUGAGCUUCCCUCUGGGAAGACAACUGGCCUUCGAGCUGGCGGAGGCAGUUUUGCCCCCCCUUAUCUGGGGGUCCCCCACUGGGCCAGGGGCCAGGGGCUCCCCCGUUUCCAGCACUGCCGCGAGCAUCCCGGCCAGGGUGGUGAGCGGGAUGGGAAGUUGCUCAGCACCUUGGGCUUGGUGUUCCUUUUUCUUCCCCUUUUAUCGGAGCCAGAUGUCACAUCCACAACAGUGAAGCAUGGGGCGGGGGGGGCUGCGUUGGCUGCCAUGCCCACCCCAGCCAUGCGUGUGCCCGUCUGUCUGUCUGUCUGUCCCCAUCUGGCAGCGAGCAGCAGCCCCGCUGCUGGUUGCGUGCGGCAGCUGCCUGUCAAAAGCGUUUCCCUCUCCUCCGAGGAGCUCAUGGCGGUUCUCGGGAAAGGCAAGACGCGCUCCGCUCGCCCACCCACGCCUCGCCGGCGCCGAAGGCGGGCAGGGAGAGCAGGCAGGGAGAGCAGGCAGGGAGAGCCCUGGCAGCCACACGCCGGAGGGAACUGACUCAGGCUUGAAUUUUCAUGCCCAAACAAGCUGAAAACUGCCACUUUUCAGCGAAAGGCUCCGGCGGCACCGAGGGCACGAUGGUUUCCCCGUCAGCUCUCGGCACGCUGGAUGCCGCCCGGCUUGGCCCAUACCAAGGUCCCGGCAUCUUAAUGGCUUUCAUCUCCUGCCAUUGCAUUUAAUUCUUGCAAGAAAGAGUGCAAACUGCUAAUUGCUCUCCAGCGACUCGGCUGGCUUUGGUGCUUCUCAGCGAGCUGUGUUUUAUUGGAGGCCACCAGUCCCCGGGGGCUUGGGAUGUGGCGGGAGAGGCUGGGAACCUUCUGCCCCUGCCCUGCUGGGCUCUGCAUCAGGCUCCGGGGGGAUCUCUCGGCUCCAUGUCACUCUUUGCCAUCGGCAUCUCCCAAAAGCUCUUCUGGAGGCUGCAAGAGAUUUGGGCCCCGGCUCCACAGCAAAGUUCCCAAAGAUACCCCCAAAACCGCACAUGGAUGAAUGGCUGGUAUCAUCGUGGCCAUGUUCCCGAGCCAGCGGUAAAGGGCAGCGUGCCAGCGGAUCAGCUAAACCCCAGGGACGAUGAGCACUGUCGCAGCUGAGAGCCAGCUGGGGCCGGGACCCAGAGGAGCCGCUGAGGCACGGUGCUGCGGCUGAGGCCGGUGUGCUGAGCUGUGCCGGACUCCCGUGCCACUGCGGCUGGCAGCAGAUGCUCUCCACCCGGCACGUGGAGCCGCCGGGGGCCCUCGCCACGGCCGGACCACGCGGAUGGAAAGCUGCAGCCCAGCAGCUCUCGGUCCCACAGGGAGCCUUGCUGGCCAGCUGACGCCAUCCCGUGCCCUAUGCCCGAGCCCUAUGCCGGAGCGGGCGCCCUCCCUGGCUCAGCCGCCCGCCGACCAUGAAGUGCUCAUUGCGCUUCUGCUUCCUCUCGACCGCCUUCCUGCUUGUCUUCGUCAUGUCCCUCCUCUUCACCUACUCCCACCACAGCAUCGCCUACCUGGACCCCGGCGGGCUGGGCAGCAUUCACCGGGUGAAGCUGGUGCCCGGCUACGCUGGCAUGCAGCGGCUCAGCAAGGGGGGGCCGUACCCCCGGGGCUGCACCUGCCGCCGCUGUCCGGCCGAGGAGGCCGGGGCUACCGACUGGUUUGACAGGCGCUACGAUGGCACUGUCUCCCCAGUGUGGACCAAGGAGAACAUGGACCUGCCGCCAGAUGUCCAGAGGUGGUGGAUGAUGCUGCAGCCCCAGUUCAAGUCCCACAACACCCACGAGGUCCUGAGCAAGCUCUUCCAGAUCGUGCCGGGCGAGGAUCCCUACCGCUCCCGUGACCCACACCGCUGCCGCCGCUGCGCCGUGGUUGGCAACUCGGGCAACCUGCGCGGCUCCAGCUAUGGGCCAGAGAUCGACGGGCAUGACUUCGUCAUGCGGAUGAACCAGGCUCCUACAGUGGGUUUUGAGGGCGACGUGGGCAGUCGGACCACACACCAUUUCAUGUACCCUGAGAGUGCCAAGAACCUGCCCGCCAACGUCAGCUUCGUGCUGGUGCCCUUCAAAACCCUGGACCUGCUCUGGAUCGCCAGUGCCCUGUCCACCGGCCAGAUCAGGUUCACGUACGCGCCCGUGAAACCUUUUCUGCGGGUGGACAAAGAAAAGGUGCAGAUCUACAAUCCUGCCUUCUUCAAGUACAUCCACGACCGCUGGACGGAGCACCACGGGCGCUACCCCUCCACCGGCAUGCUGGUGCUCUUCUUUGCCCUCCAUGUCUGCGACGAGGUGAACGUCUUUGGGUUCGGCGCUGACAGCCGGGGCAACUGGCACCACUACUGGGAGAACAACCGCUACGCCGGGGAGUUCAGGAAGACGGGGGUGCACGACGCCGACUUUGAGGCGCACAUCAUCGACAUGCUGGCUAAAACCAGCAAGAUCGAGGUUUACCGGGGGAACUGAGGGCUGCGUCUCCUCCGGCUCCCCUGCGCCAGCUGGGUCCCGGCUGCCUGCGGGGGCAGACGGUGAGGGUCUCCCCGGUGGCCUCGGGCGAUGAGCGCUGGGUGGGCAGUGCGGCCCUGCACCACCGACAGAGCCGCCCCCGGCGAUAUUUGGUGCCUCCAGCAGCCAAUCAGGUUCAGAUCUAAAGGAGACUUUUUGCUUUUUUUUUUAUUAUUAUUAUUAUGA